GGAGGCGAGAACCGUGGCGGCCUGCACGGUCAGUGCGCCAGGCCUGCGAGUCGGCCUGAACGGGUGUCGGGUCGGGCUGCGGCGCUUCACGGAGCCGGGCGGGCGCCCUCGGCCUGGGGUCAACCUCGGUCUGAGCGCCUCGGCUCGCUGCGGAGAAAGACUCCAUUGUACGACUGCGUAGGCUUCACCGGGCCAUUAAAAUUCUGAGUUGCGUUACUGUAGGAUAUGAGACCUUAGUUCAGAAGUUCAGAAGACAGUACAAUCUCCUGACAGUACAUUUGGCUGCUCACCAUGAGGUUAGGAAAGCCUAAAGGGGGUAUUUCUCGAAGCGCAAGCCAAGGAAAAACCUAUGAGAGCAAACGCAAGACAGCCCGCCAGCGACAGAAAUGGGGGGUGGCCAUUCGCUUCGACUCAGGGUUAAGUAGACGGAGAAGAAACGUGGAUGAGAAGCCUUACAAAUGUACUAAAUGUUCUAAGAGUUUCAGUCAGAGCUCCACUCUUUUUCAGCACAAGAAGAUCCACACAGGGAAGAAAUCCCAUAAAUGUGCCGAUUGUGGGAAAAGUUUCUUUCAGAGUUCUAACCUCAUUCAGCAUCGGCGGAUCCACACCGGGGAAAAGCCGUAUAAGUGCGACGAGUGUGGAGAGAGGUUUAAACAGAGCUCCAACCUUAUCCAGCACCAGAGGAUUCACACCGGGGAGAAGCCCUAUUGCUGCGAUGAGUGUGGCCGGUGCUUUAGUCAGAGUUCCCACCUCAUUCAGCACCAGAGAACCCACACCGGAGAGAAGCCCUACCAGUGCGAGGAGUGUGACAAGUGCUUCAGCCAGAGCUCCCACCUGAGGCAGCACAUGAAGGUGCACAAAGAAAAGAAGUCACAUAAAAGGGGUAAAAAUGCCAGGGUGAAAACUCACCCGGUGUCCUGGAAACGUGGUAAAGGGAGGAAGGCAGUGGCUGGGCUCCGCCAGGUAAAGGGAGCCGCUUCGGGCCUUUUCAAAAAGAAGUGAAUCGUAGCGGUGAAAACCUCUCCCAAGAGGGAGGACGCUUUACAGUAGAUAGAGCACUUAGAUUCUGGUCCUCCCUAGCAUGGAGAUGUCAGGAGUUUCAUGACAAUGGGCUGAAACUCUGAGUCUAGCCAUCCUCAUUUCCUUUCAGAAUAAAUAAGUAAAUUUAUGUGACAUGGAGCAGAAAACUGAAAAAAAAGUUUGGUAAGAAUUUAACAUCCUUGGCCUCAGUUGAAAUUUCUUCCCUACGUUUUGAUAAAAAGCGUCAUGUUUUCAUGAUUCACUGGUGUGCCAAUGAUUACUCUUGAUUUUAGGAAUUUCUGUAUACAAAAUCAUUAAAGAGAAGGAAUGAGUUUUCAAGUUCUAGGACCGACUAUAUUUUUAAUGUUUUGUAGUUUUUUUAACCAUUAGUAUCAGCAUUGAUUCAGUAUUUGACAUAAUAAAAUGCAUUCAAGUUCCUAGAUUUUUGUAUUUUUUAUUAGCGUAUAUUGUAUGAAGUAAUGAGUUCAUUUUCUUUAAUGUGUACAAUGUAUCUGUAUGAUGUGCUUUGAUUAUAUCCAUUGCUCUUACCCUCGCCUCCACCUCCUGGUUCUCUUCUUCCUCCCAGAGAGUUCCCUUCCCACUUGAAUUGUUGACCCUGGAUUCUGUGAAUGACAGAAAUUGUAUUUGGUUAUUUUUCCACAUCUGCUUUACUGUGUUUACUGUAAUGUUCUCCAGUUCUAUCCAUUUUUCUCCAAACAACAGGAUUUUGGCUUUUUUUUUUUUAACUAAUAAGUUUGUCAUAAUGUCUGAUGCUUUAAUGAAGGGGUGAAAAGGUCUCCAUGUGGCUUUUCUUUUGUUUGUUUUUGUUUACCAUAUUCUUAGAGAUUUCAAAGAAUCCAAAGUGAGAAACUGCAGACCUCCUCCUAAGACCAUUACUUGCGAUGCUGAUGCCCUGCCUCUUGCUUUCUUGAAAUGGGAAUGGUUUAUGUUGAAUCAUGCCAGUGGCCUCUUGGCGUUCCUUUGUUCUCUUGCAAACAGGGCCUGCAUGAAUAAACUGUGUUACCAAGAAAGCCUGACUUACUUCUGGCUAAAGAACUACAGUGUCAUAGACUGAGUUUUGACUGCCGCUGACUGAGACAGAUGUGUGUCCACAAGUUCCUGGAGCCCUGUUAGAACUUAACUGUUCUUUACUUUUUAGCAGUUGUUUAAGAAGACUAGUGGACAUCCUUCUUCGAAUGCUAAGCCUGAGUUCCUAGUUAACCCUUAGUUCAAGAUUUUGUUUAUUGAAUGCUAAUGUUUUCUGAUUUUUAUAAUCUCACUUCUUCCUGUAUUAAUGACAAUUAUCCUCAAAAUAAAGAUUGAGAUAUUUUUGC